AUGCAAUCCACUCUCACAGCAGCCGAUCUGGAGACGCACCUCGUAAGCCAGGCUCCUCAUGCUGUGUAUUACAUCCCCGAUUACAUAACGGAAGCUGAAGAGGAGUAUUUGCUUCGUCAGGUCUACAAUGCUCCGAAGCCUAAAUGGACACAGUUGUCUGGAAGGAAAUUACAGAAUUGGGGAGGUCUCCCACAUCCCAGAGGCAUGAUGGCUGAGAAGUUGCCCCCCUGGUUGCAGACAUACACCAACAAAAUCUCUUCACUGGGUGUGUUUGGAGGGAACAGUGCAAACCAUGUCUUGGUGAAUGAAUACAAGCCUGGAGAAGGGAUAAUGCCACAUGAGGAUGGUCCCCUCUACUAUCCCACUGUCACCACCAUCAGCUUAGGGUCACACACAGUGCUGGAAUUCUAUCUGCCACUGGAUAGAGGAUGCCCUGAAGAGGAAGACCAGGUUCCUAAAACAGAAGAACAGAGAUAUGCUCUCUCCCUCCUGCUGGAGCCCAGAAGUCUUCUAGUUCUUCGUGAGGACUUGUAUAAAAAUUACCUGCAUGGAAUUCAUCCUCGCACCCAAGACACACUAAGCCAUAGAGUGGCCAAUCUGGAGAAGUGCAUGGCACAGGCUGAGGAGACACUGGCCAGAGGGACACGAGUGUCACUGACUAUUCGAUACGUCCCCAAAGUCCUGAAAGCGGCAAUCUUUCUGGGAAAGGGGAAAUAAACAAUGAUGGCCGAGUAUGUAGAGAUGUUCAGCCUUAAAAAUGGGGUGGGAGCUGGUCCUGGAUGGUGCCUGGGCAGAAGCCUCCCUAUACCAGCAGAGCAGAGGUCACACGAUGGCCUUCAUACAGGAAUCAUGUGAAGAUGGCUU